AUAUGUGUCCUGACACUCGAUGACAAGGAGUUUUUGGACCAAAACAAGUCACCAUCCUUCAUUCUGGAGAGGAACGCCCCAGUCGAGUCUGGUGGGACCGGGGUCACCACACCAUCCCUGAACCCCGGACCCUGGCAGAGCGAGAGCCUGCUGGCAGAGUCCUGGUCCACCAUGGGCGACGUAGACCCCGAGGACACCAAGAGCCUGGACGGCAGCGACGGGGGGGCGGCGACGGAGAACCAUUCCUCAAACUCUGACAUGGUGCACCUGGAGGAGGAAGAGGAGGAUGAGGAGCUUCAGAACAGCGUUUUGGACCUCCAGGUUCCAGAGACUGAUGCGGCAGAGGGCGAGUUCAUGCAAAUGCUUCCACCCAUGGCACUGCCGCCGCUGCCAGUCUUCCGGCUGGAGCCCCCAUCCGCGACUUCCACACCGACACCCUCCACCGUAGCCGAGGAGCCCUCGUACGCCACGCCGGGCCUCAUCCCGCCAUCGUCCUUCCUCCCUCCGCCUGUCGGCGAGGAGGUCCCCUCCGAGGAAAAGCCCGAACCGGGGAUGUCCGCCGAUCUGCCCGUGCUGCUGUGCGGAGGCGCCGCUUUAGUGGCCAUGGUGGGCGUGAUGGCGUACAGCGCUGUGGCCUACUGCAGGAAGUAGAAAGAAUGACUGGCUGUGUUUGAAAUCAUUCACUCAUUCCUUACUUCUUCAUCACUAUAUAAAGAGUUGCUGCUGAAAUGCAUCAUGGAAUAUGCCGACAUCCUCAAGACCUCACUACCUUUCCAGAUGACAAAACGAACCCAAUUUCAGCACGAACCUUUUAAAACUCAUGACAGAGGGCACAAUUUAGUUAGGGAAUGAUUUCUAACACAGCCCCCUUUCUUUCCACUAUUCUUUGUCCGCACAAUUCAACAAAACGACACACGAUUCUGCUUCCAUGGUUGUGUUUGUGCUACCUCAGCUCACAGCAGAGCUCAUGGCCUUGACGGUAACACAUUAUGUUGUGAAUCUGGAAAAUAUAAAAGAUUUUUUGGAACAUUUUUGUGCCUUUUUGUCUCUCUCUCCACAAAUUUAAAAAUGUCAAACGGUGACAUCAAUUAUAUUUAGACAACGGGGCAAUUUAAAAAAAAAAAAAAAAAAUGACGGCAACAAAUGUCCAAUCAGUUUUGCGUGGGAGCGAUUUUUUUGCCGGUAGCCUUUCCCAGUCAAAUGAGAUUGAAUGCUUAUUGCUGUUAAAGGGUGCUUUUGAUAUAAAACCGUAGACUUCAUAAUACUUGACAGGAAGAGUGUAGGUUUGGUCUCAACAUUGGUAGGGAUGGAAUUGCAUUACUUGCAUUUACACUUUUUGCUGGGGAAGGGACAUUCAUAAUGAUCAAUGCAAAAUAAAUCUGUAUUGACUUAUACUAACUUUUAUGUGUAUUGGUUCAGCC